AUGUCCGCCACCGAGGAGGUUGACGGGCUGAGCGUGUUCCGGCCGCACUAUGGCUCCGUCCUGGAUAACGAGAGACUCACCGCGGAGGAGAUGGACGAGAGGCGGCGUCAGAACGUGGCUUAUGAAUACCUCUGUCAUUUGGAAGAAGCCAAGAGGUGGAUGGAAGCGUGCCUUGGGGAGGACCUGCCUCCCACCACCGAGCUGGAGGAGGGCCUUCGGAACGGGGUCUACCUCGCCAAACUGGGCAACUUCUUCUCUCCCAAAGUGGUGUCCCUGAAGAAGAUCUACGACCGGGAGCAAACCAGAUACAAGGCGACCGGCCUCCACUUCCGGCACACGGACAACGUGAUCCAGUGGUUGAACGCCAUGGACGAGAUUGGCUUGCCAAAGAUUUUUUACCCAGAAACCACAGAUAUCUACGACCGGAAGAACAUGCCGCGAUGUAUCUACUGUAUCCACGCCCUCAGUUUGUACCUGUUCAAACUCGGCCUGGCCCCUCAGAUUCAGGACCUGUACGGAAAGGUGGACUUCACGGAAGAAGAAAUCAACAACAUGAAGAUCGAGCUGGAGAAGUACGGCAUCCAGAUGCCCGCCUUCAGCAAGAUCGGCGGCAUCCUGGCCAACGAGCUCUCCGUGGACGAAGCUGCACUGCACGCCGCGGUGAUCGCCAUUAACGAAGCGGUGGACCGCAGGGUUCCGGCCGACACCUUCACGGCGUUGAAAAACCCCAACGCCAUGCUGGUCAACCUGGACGAGUCCUUGGCUCCCACCUACCAGGACGUUCUCUACCAGGCCAAGCACGACAAGAUGACAAACGCCAGAAACAGGACGGAAAACUCGGAGAGAGAGAGGGACGUUUACGAGGAGCUGCUCACUCAAGCUGAAAUUCAAGGCAACGUGAACAAAGUCAACACGUUCUCCGCGUUGGCCAACGUGGACCUGGCUCUGGACCAGGGAGGCGCCCUGGCCCUGUUCCGGAUUCUGCAGUCGCCGGCGCUGGGCCUCCGCGGGCUGCAGCAGCAGAACAGCGAGUGGUACCUGAAGCAGCUGCUGAGUGACAGGCAGCAGAAGAGACAGGCCGGCCAGACGGAUGCCCUGCAGAAGGAGGAGCUCCAGGCCGCGGUGGACGCCGCCAACAGCGCCGCCCAGCAGUACCAGCGGAGGCUCGCCGCCGUGGCAGCCAUCAAUGCUGCCAUCCAGAAGGGCGUGGCCGAGAAGACCGUUCUGGAGCUGAUGAACCCCGAAGCCCAGCUCCCCCAGGUGUACCCCUUUGCUGCCGAUCUUUACCAGAAGGAGCUGGCCACGCUGCAGCAGCAGAGUCCUGAACACAGCCUCACCCACCCCGAGCUCUCCGUGGCCGUGGAGAUGCUGUCGUCCGUGGCGCUCAUCAACAGGGCGCUGGAGUCCGGGGACAUGAGCACGGUGUGGAAGCAGCUGAGCAGCUCGGUGACGGGCCUGACCAACAUCGAAGAGGAGAACUGUCAGAGGUACCUGGACGAGCUGGUGAAGCUGAAGGACCAGGCCCACGCGGAGAAGAACGAGUUCAUCACGUGGAACGACAUCCAGGCCUGCGUGGACCACGUGAACCUGGUGGUGCAGGAGGAGCACGAGAGGAUCUUAGCCAUCGGCCUCAUUAACGAGGCCCUGGACGAGGGGGAUGCCCAGAAGACCCUGCAGGCCCUGCAGAUCCCUGCAGCUAAGCUGGAGGGCGUCCUGGCGGGGGUGGCCCAGCAUUACCAAGACACGCUGAUCCGAGCAAAGAGGGAGAAAGCCCAGGAAACCCAGGACGAGUCCGCCGUGCUGUGGUUGGAUGAAAUUCAAGGCGGCAUCUGGCAGUCCAACAAGGACACGCAGGAGGCACAGCGGUUCGCUGUGGGCAUCUUUGCCAUCAACGAGGCCGUGCAGAGCGGCGACGUGGGCAGGACGCUGAGCGCCCUCCGCUCCCCGGACGUGAGCCUGUACGGGGUCAUCCCGGAGUGCUGCGACACCUACCAGAGCGACCUCGCCGAGGCCAGGAGGAAGAAGCUGGCGGCAGGCGAAAACAACAGCCAGUGGGUGAAGCACUGGGUGAAAGGCGGAUAUUAUUAUUAUCACAACCUGGACACGCAGCAGGGCGGAUGGGACGAGCCCCCAGGCUUCGUACAGAACCCCACGCAGCUCUCGCGGGAGGAGAUCCAGAGCUCCAUCUCCGGGGUGACCACUGCCUAUAACCGCGAGCAGCUCUGGCUGGCCAACGAGGGCCUGAUCACCAAGCUGCAGGCUUGCUGCCGCGGGUACCUCGUCCGACAGGAGUUCCGCUCCCGGAUGAAUUUCCUGAAGAAACAGAUUCCCGCCAUCACCUGCAUCCAGUCGCAGUGGCGAGGGUACAAGCAGAAGAAGGCCUACCAGGAUCGGCUGGCGUACCUGCGCUCCCACAAGGAUGAAGUCGUGAAGAUCCAGUCCCUGGCGAGGAUGCACCAGGCCAGAAAGCGCUACCGGGGCCGCCUGCAGUACUUCCGAGAUCACAUCAAUGACAUCGUCAAAAUCCAGGCUUUCAUUCGGGCCAACAAAGCUCGUGACGACUACAAGACGCUCAUUAACGCCGAGGACCCUCCGAUGAUCGUGGUCCGGAAGUUCGUCCACCUGCUGGACCAGAGCGACCAGGACUUCCAGGAGGAGCUGGACCUCAUGAAGAUGCGGGAAGAGGUCAUCACCCUGAUCCGCUCCAACCAACAGCUGGAGAACGACCUCAACCUCAUGGACAUCAAGAUCGGCCUGUUGGUGAAGAACAAGAUCACGCUGCAGGAUGUGGUUUCCCACAGCAAGAAGCUUACCAAAAAGAACAAGGAGCAGUUGUCCGACAUGAUGAUGCUGAACAAACAGAAGGGAGGUCUCAAGGCUCUGAGCAAGGAGAAGAGAGAGAAGCUGGAAGCUUACCAGCACCUGUUUUAUUUAUUGCAGACCAACCCCACCUACCUGGCCAAGCUGAUUUUCCAGAUGCCCCAGAACAAGUCCACCAAGUUCAUGGACUCCGUCAUCUUCACCCUCUACAACUACGCCUCUAACCAGCGCGAGGAGUACCUGCUGCUGCGGCUCUUCAAGACGGCGCUCCAGGAGGAGAUCAAGUCGAAAGUGGACCAGAUUCAAGAGAUCGUGACGGGAAACCCGACCGUUAUUAAGAUGGUGGUCAGCUUCAACCGUGGCGCCCGGGGCCAGAACGCCCUGCGGCAGAUCCUGGCCCCUGUCGUGAAGGAGAUCAUGGACGACAAAUCCCUCAACAUCAAGACCGACCCCGUGGAUAUCUACAAGUCGUGGGUCAAUCAGAUGGAGUCUCAGACAGGAGAGGCGAGCAAACUCCCCUACGACGUGACCCCCGAGCAGGCCCUGGCCCACGAGGAGGUCAAGACCCGCCUCGACAGCUCCAUCAGGAACAUGCGGGCCGUGACGGACAAGUUCCUCUGCGCCAUCAUCAGCUCCGUGGACAAAAUCCCCUACGGGAUGCGCUUCAUCGCCAAGGUGCUGAAGGACUCGCUGCACGAGAAGUUCCCCGAUGCCGGUGAGGACGAGCUGCUGAAGAUUAUCGGCAACUUGCUGUACUACCGGUACAUGAACCCGGCCAUCGUCGCUCCGGACGCCUUUGACAUCAUCGACCUGUCGGCGGGAGGCCAGCUCACCACCGACCAGCGCCGCAACCUGGGCUCCAUCGCCAAGAUGCUCCAGCACGCGGCGUCCAACAAGAUGUUCCUGGGAGACAACGCCCACUUAAGCAUCAUCAACGAGUACCUUUCCCAGUCCUACCAGAAGUUCAGACGGUUCUUCCAAACGGCCUGCGACGUCCCGGAGCUGCAGGAUAAGUUUAACGUGGACGAGUACUCCGACCUCGUGACCCUCACCAAGCCUGUGAUCUACAUCUCCAUCGGGGAGAUCAUCAACACCCACACGCUCCUGCUGGAUCACCAGGACGCCAUCGCCCCGGAGCACAACGACCCGAUCCACGAGCUGCUGGAUGACCUGGGCGAGGUGCCCACCAUCGAGUCCCUGAUCGGGGAAGGCGCUGGCAGCCUCAACGACCCCAACAAGGAGGCGCUGGCCAAGACGGAAGUGUCCCUCACGCUCACCAACAAGUUCGACGUGCCCGGGGACGAGAACGCGGAGAUGGACGCGAGGACCAUCCUGCUGAACACGAAGCGCUUAAUCGUGGACGUCAUCCGGUUCCAGCCAGGGGAGACCUUGACCGAGAUCCUGGAAACACCAGCCACCAACGAGCAGGAAGCGGAGCACCAGAGGGCCAUGCAGAGACGCGCCAUCCGCGACGCCAAAACCCCAGACAAAAUGAAAAAGUCCAAGUCCGUCAAGGAGGACAGCAACCUCAGCCUGCAGGAGAAGAAGGACAAGAUCCAGGCGGGCUUGAAGAAGCUCACGGAGCUGGGCACUGUGAACCCCAAGAACCGGUACCAGGAGCUGAUCAACGACAUCGCCAGGGAUAUCCGGAACCAGCGGCGAUACCGGCAGAGGAGGAAGGCCGAGCUGGUGAAGCUGCAGCAGACAUACUCCGCUCUGAACUCCAAGGCCACGUUCUAUGGGGAGCAGGUGGAUUACUAUAAGAGCUACAUCAAAACCUGCCUGGACAACCUGGCCAGCAAGGGCAAGGUCUCCAAGAAGCCCAGGGAAAUGAAAGGGAAGAAAAGCAAAAAGAUUUCUCUGAAAUACACGGCAGCGAGAUUACAUGAAAAGGGGGUUCUUCUGGAAAUUGAGGACCUCCAAGUGAAUCAGUUUAAGAAUGUUAUCUUUGAAAUCACUCCAACCGAAGAAGUGGGUGACUUUGAAGUGAAAGCCAAGUUCAUGGGCGUCCAGAUGGAGACGUUCAUGCUGCAUUACCAGGACCUGCUGCAGCUGCAGUACGAGGGUGUGGCCGUCAUGAAGCUGUUCGACCGAGCGAAAGUGAACGUCAACCUCCUCAUUUUCCUCCUCAACAAGAAGUUCUACGGGAAGUAA